GACCUGACUCUCCCCCGACACUCAAGGCGGGCCAUGGGCCCCCCACCGCUUCUCCUGCUGCUCUCGGGGGCCCUGGCCCUGACCGAGACCUGGGCCGGGCCCCACACGCUGACAGUCUUCAGCACCGCUGUGUCCGCGCCCGGCCGCGGGAAGUCUCGGUACGUCGUCGUGGCCUAUGCGGACCACACGGAGAUCGCGCGGUUCGACAGCGACGCCACGAGGCAGAGGCUGGAGCCUCGGGUGCCGUGGAUGGAACAGCCAUGGGUGGAGCAGGAGCAUCCACAAUUUUGGGACGACUACACACGGGACACCAAAAACUACGAAAAGAUGUAUGGAGGGAACCUGAACAACCUGCGCGCCUACUACAACCAGAGCGAGAACGGGGCUCACACCUUCCAGGAAAUGAGGGGCUGCGUGGUGAGCUCGGACGGGCGCUUCCUCCGUGGGUACACUCAGUUCGCCUAUGACGGCACCGACUUCAUCGCCCUGAACGAGGACCUGCGCUCCUGGACCGCAACCGACUUGGCGGCCCGGAUCACCUGGCGCAAGUUGGUGGAGCUCCCUGCAGCAGAGCGACGGCGGGGAGUCCUAGGGGAACUGUGCGUGCACUGGCUCCGCCUGUUCCUAGAAAAGGGGAAGGAGACGCUGCUCCGAACAGAACCUCCAAAGACACAUGUGACCCACCACCCCAUCUCUCAUCAUGAGGUCACCCUGAAAUGCUGGGCCCUGGGCUUCUACCCUGCGGACAUCACCCUGACCUGGCAGCGUGAUGGGGAGGACCUGACUCAGGACAUGGAGCUGGUGGAGACCAGGCCUGCAGGGGACGGGACCUUCCAGAAGUGGGCAGCAGUGGCCGUGCCCCCUGGAGAAGAGCAGAGAUACACGUGCCAUGUGCAGCACCAGGGGCUGCCUGAGCCCCUGACCCUGAGAUGGGACCCUUCUCCUCAGGCCACCAUCACCAUCCUCAGCAUCGCUGCUGCCCUGGGUCUCCUUGGAGCUGUGGCUGCUGGAGCUGUGCUGUGGAGGAGGAAGAGCUCAGCAUGACAGGGCUGCUUUCUAGAGGACUCGGUGCUAAAACAGUCACUACAGCCUCCCCUUGGGACUUUAAGGAUCCCUGACUGCUGUCUGCACCCAGCAUCGGAAUGUUAUUUAAUCAUCUCAGUGACCCUGCAUUAUUUUAAUAUUACUGAUAUAUGUAUAUAGAAAUAAAUCAAAAGUGAUU